AAAGCCUGGUUUCUUCUCUUCUCCAUCAGCCUCCGCCUCUCUCCGUCGUCCACUCCAAAAUCAAUCCUUCGCCCUCCGAUCUAGGGUUUCGCAGUCGCCGCUAUGUAUCGCACGGCAGCUUCACGAGCUAGAUCCCUCAAGGGCUGUCUUACUCGUAAUGUGCGGGCAGCACGCUAUGCGAGUUCGAGUGCUGUUUCUACAAGUUCUUCGUCGGGUGGCUUGUUCAGCUGGUUGACCGGCGAAACAUCUAGCUCGCUACCUCCGAUGGACAUGCCGCUGAAGGGUGUCUCCAUUCCACCACCGCUCGCUGACCAUGUCGAGCCAAGCAAAGUUAAAGUCACUACUCUUCCGAAUGGCCUUAAAAUAGCCUCAGAAACAUCGCCCAACCCGGCAGCCUCCAUUGGUUUGUAUGUUGAUUGUGGUUCGAUUUACGAGACAACUUAUUCCCAUGGAGCAACACACUUGCUCGAAAGGAUGGCUUUCAAGAGCACAUUGAACAGGAGCCAUCUGCGUCUCGUGAGGGAAGUAGAGGCUAUCGGAGGAAACACAACAGCAUCUGCAUCUCGGGAGCAAAUGGGGUAUACUAUCGAUGCUUUGAAAACCUAUGUGCCCGAAAUGGUGGAAGUGCUUAUUGACAGUGUGAGAAACCCUGCCUUCUUGGACUGGGAAGUUAAUGAAGAGCUGCAAAAGGUGAAAUUGGAGAUUGGGGAACUUUCCAAAAACCCUAUGGGCUUCAUCAUGGAGGCUGUCCACUCUGCUGGUUAUGCCGGUGCAUUGGCAAAUCCAUUGUAUGCACCUGAGUCUGCAUUAAACCGAUUGAAUGGGGACGUCUUGGAAGACUUUGUUGCUGAGAAUUUCACUGCUGGACGAAUGGUACUGGCAGCAAGUGGAGUUGAUCAUGAGGAACUUUUACGAGUUGCUGAGCCGCUGCUUUCUGACAUUCCUAAAGUAGCCCGCACAGAGGAACCAAAAUCUCAAUAUGUUGGUGGAGAUUUUCGUCAACAUACUGGAGGAGAGGCCACACACUUUGCCCUUGCUUUCGAAGUGCCCGGCUGGCACAACGAGAAGGAAGCUGUGAUUGCGACUGUUCUUCAGAUGCUGAUGGGAGGAGGAGGCUCGUUCUCUGCCGGAGGGCCUGGAAAAGGAAUGCACUCGUGGCUGUAUCUCCGAGUCUUGAAUGAAUAUCAGCAGGUUCAAUCAUGCACUGCAUUCUCUAGCAUCUUUAACAACACUGGUUUGUUUGGCAUCUAUGGUUGCUCGAGUCCUGAGUUUGCUGCAAAAGCAGUUGAAGUAGCGGCUAAAGAACUGAAAGAUGUUGCAGGAGGAAAAGUUAACCAGAAGCAUCUCGACCGUGCCAAGGCAGCCACGAAAUCUGCCAUUCUCAUGAAUCUGGAAUCUCGGAUGAUUGUAGCUGAAGACAUAGGAAGACAGAUACUGACAUACGGGGAGAGGAAACCCGUCGACCAAUUCUUGAAGACGGUGGACCAACUCACCCUUAAGGACAUUGCCGACUUCACCAGCAAGAUUAUCGCAAAGCCUUUGACAAUGGCGUCUUUCGGAGAUGUGAUGGGUGUCCCGACCUACGAUACCGUAAGCAGCAAAUUCUCUUGAAGAAGAACAACGAGAAAUUCUUUUGUGUAUCAUCAACUGGAGUUUGGGACUCUGCAGAAUAAAAAAGAAAAGCCCCUUUGAAGAGCCGACCGUUUUUGUUUCUUUUUGAUUCACCACAACAGUUUCUUCAGCCAGUUUCGGAGUAUUUCUUCUCUCCGAUAAGCGAUCGGUACGUGAAUAAAGAUCGAAACGGUUUUCGAUUCUUACGGGCAUUGCUUGUCUGAUUGUUUACAGGGGAAUGCAACUGUUUCUUUUUCUUGAGCUUGAAAGUUUUCUUGUUUAUUUGAUCAUAUGACAAUGCAACUGCCAACGUCCCAACUCGUUAACAAAUCUCGCAGGACGUUUCACGUUU